AGAGAUGCGUUCCGGGUUGCACUGUACAGGAUCUCUGCACGAGUGAUUUACACACACACACACACACACACACUUACUGUACACACCACAAGAGCUCGACCGGAGUGUUCGGCACACUUACACUCUUGAGGACGUCUCCACAAGUCAUCUGCACACUCACGCUCUUCGGGACGUUUACUGGAGCGCAACGCGAAAAGGAGUGAGAGGAAGUAUGGAUUAAGGUGGGCCAAGCCCGAAGCGGACCGCACUGCUCCGGAGUCGCGGGAAGGAUGCCCGAGCGAGGAUGUGCAGCAGCCGGAAGAUCGUGUGCAGUCUGCUGGUGCUGUCCGUGCUGCAGGUGGGGCUCGGUGCGGCCAGCAUCGCGCUCGGUGCCGUGGCCAUCAGCGGCGCGCGCAGCGGCCACAGGACGCAGCAGGGUCACGCGUCCCCGGUGUGGAGCGGGGUGUGUUUCCUUGUCUGUGGACUCUGUGGGAUGCUGUGUGCAAGAAAAAGGACUGGUCUGGUUAUGAUUCUGUUCUCAGCAUGCUGCAUUUGCGGCCUGAUCGGAGGAAUCCUGAACUUUCAGUUUGUGCGGGCACUGGUGAAGCGUCCCGACACGGUGGGUUCGCUGCACAUGGCUGCCAUGUCUCUCGCCUGCCUGGGGAUCAGCAGCUGUACCCUGUCCACAUGGCUGACGUGCCGGCUGGCCAGCAGUGAGCAGCAGCGCAUGUUCCUGGAGCGCGAGCAUUCGCUGCAUCAUUCCCACGAGAUGGCCGAGAAAGUAGAGGAGGAACGGAGGAGAGGAGAGCACAGUCCGGGUGCUUCUCAGUGUUUCAGUGAAGUAAUGGAUAACUCCAGCAAUGGCAUCCCACAAAUCACAUAAAAUGGUCGGAGCACAUCGCCAUGACAAGCACUCUCUAUAGGAGUAAAAUUAUGGGGCCGAUGGCCGUCCAUAGAACAUUUCCUGCACACUGCAGGUCCUUGAAUACUUAAUGCUACUGUGGCUAAAAAAGGGAAGAGAUAAUCUCUCUGGAUUGAGCACCAAUCAGCAUUCAGGGACACGAUGCCUCAGGAGUGUUCAUUAGUGAAUACUGAGCAUUGCAUCAGUGAGCACAGAACAUGCAUGUAACUUUUACUUCCUUUUUUUCUCAUAUUAUCCCUCUCCCUUUCUUAAUGCAUUCCUCCAGCAUCUUUCCAUUAUUCCUACCGAUCAUGGGUUAUGGGAAUGAUGACUCUGUCUCCGAAAUUCAUACAGUAUAUGGCGUAGUGAAUGCUCAGACCUCAAAUAUAAGAA